AUGUCGUCUGCCCCAGCUCCCUUUUUGCUGUCGCCCAGAGAGGUCAAUGACCUCAUCAAGUCCGGCGCGACCCCUGUCUCGCUCCUGGACGCGACUUGGUUCAUGCCGAAUUCACCGAGGAACGCAAACGACGAGUUUCUUGCAAAAAGGAUCUCGGGUUCUCAACGCCUCGACCUCGAUGAGGUUGCCAGUCCUCACGAACUCGGUGUAAAGCAUAUGAUGCCCGACAGCCAGACCUUUGCCAGUGCUUGCGAGAAACUCGGAAUAUCUCCUUCGACCCACGUUGUUCUUUAUGAUUCUCAUGGCAUUUUCUCGGCCCCUCGUGCCCUAUUCAUGUUCAGGUCUUUCGGCCACCAAAAUUCCAGCAUCUUAAACGGGGGUCUUCCCCGCUGGGCUGACGAGGGUCUCCCUGUCGAUACCGAUGCCCCCAAGACCCCAAAAACAGCAACCUACACCCUUCCCCAGCUCAACGAGCAGGCCAUCAGAAGCUAUGGGCAGAUUGUGGCGAACUCUCAAUCAGACCUCUCAACCAACGCAGCGGCUGAGCUGGUCUUGGACGCCCGUCCCAAAGCAAGAUAUGCCGGUGUUGAUCCCGAGCCUCGCCCGGGCCUGGCUUCCGGGCAUAUCCCCCACGCCUUCUCCCUGACCUUCAACCUAUUCUUACAGAAACACAAGACCAAGGACGGACAGGAAUAUUCUACCUUCCUGCCUCCGGCUGAAAUCCGUGAGGCUCUGGACGACGCGGUCGGUCCUGCGGAGGCUGAGAAGAUCAUUCGCGGCGAGAGGUCCGUCGUCGCCAGCUGCGGAAGCGGCAUGACUGCGGGCGUUCUGUGGGUUGGACUUCAGCUCCUGGGUGUCAAACAGGUAGCGAUCUACGACGAGUCCUGGACUGGCUACGCCAUGCGUCCAUCAAGCGUCAUCGAGGAAUCCACGUAA